UCAAGCAGCACAGCUGACCCAAACUGACCCGAUGAAGGUAGUUAAACGAUAAAACUGGUAUAUUUAUUGAUAUCCAGAGGCGGUGGUCGUGUUUAGCGGCACCGGGCCGCUCCGUCUGAAAUGUGCCUCUCACUUCAUGCGGCCGAGACUUCGUUUUACACGUUAUUUACUCGGUUAUCCCGCUCAUAAACCAGCCGGUGUUGCUGCCUAAAAACAGCCCUAGCUAGGUCAAGAUGACUCUUCCAGCCUUGCACAACACCGGUGUGCUUUACAGAAGGAUUCUGUCACAGUUUCCUCAGGACAUCAGCUUAGCUUUUGCCUAUGGAUCUGGUGUUUUCAAACAGCAUGGGACCAGCCAAGGUCAAAUGGAGAAGAACAUGCUGGACUUUGUGUUUGCGGUGGACGACCCGGUGACGUGGCACACCAUGAAUCUGCUGCAAAACCGCAAACACUACUCCAUCCUGAAGCUGCUGGGGCCCACGAUGAUCAGCUCCAUACAAAAUGAACACGGGGCAGCAGUGUACUACAACACGCUGGUGCCUGUGGACGGAAAGAUCAUCAAAUAUGGUGUGAUUAGUACAGAGUCUCUAAUAGACGACCUGAUGCACUGGAAGACCAUGUACGUUGCUGGACGCCUUCACAAACCAGUGAAAAUGUUGGUGCAGAGUGAGAAUGGAAAGCUCCGCGCUGCUUUGGUGGCCAACCUGAAGAGCGCUGUGACGGCCUCCUUCCUCAUGCUGCCAGAGAGCUUCACUGAAGAGGACCUUUUCCUGCAGAUAGCUGGCCUUUCUUAUGCCGGGGAUUUUAGGAUGGUGAUUGGAGAAGACAAAUCCAAGGUGGCCAAUAUCGUCAGAGACAACAUUCAGCACUUCAGGAUUCUGUACAGCAACAUCCUGCGGGACUGCCCUCAAGUGGUCUACAAACCUCAGCAAGGAAAACUUGAGGUGGACAAAAGCCCAGAGGGCCAGUUUAUCCAGCUGAUGGCUUUGCCGCGCACCCUCCAGCAAAGGAUCACGAAGCUGGUGGAUCCGCCAGGGAAGAACCGAGACGUGGAGGAGAUCCUGCUGCAGGUGGCCCAGGACCCGGACUGUGGAGCUGUCGUACAGCAGGGUAUCUCAUCUAUUGUGAAAUCCUCCAGCAUAACACAGAGUAUCAAAGGCAUUGCUACAGCUGGCUUGUGGAAGACCGUGUCGUACAGCUCCAAGAAACUAAUGAAGAUGUGGAAGGGCUGGAGGAGGAAGCCGUCCGUGUCCCAUACGUCCUGAACCCGUCUGUCUUUCUGUCAGUCGACGUCCAUCCUUUGAUUUCACCCUGACAAACUGUGGCUGGAACAAUCGUCCACUUUCCUCCGGUUGUGUCACUCCUCAGUCUGUAUGAAUGGGAUCACUGACGAGGUAUAAUGCUGUCUGAAUAGUUCAGAAUCACCUGUGAAACUGCCCUUUAUCAUGCAUAAAAAUUGUAGAAUAAAGGGUGACAUUUCACAAGUCAGACUGAAAUAUGGCUGACAUUUAAGAGUAGUACAGAUUGGACCUUUCUGAAUGAUCACACACACACACACACACACACACACACACACACACACACACACAGAGGCUGGUGAGGAGCUGCUGAAUAGACUUUUUGGUGACAGGCAGCUAAAAUACUGAGAUAGUUCAUCACUGUCGUCAGAAUAAGGAGAAACUGAUUGAUUCCUUUCAGCUGGUGUUACAUGUUACACACACAUGCACUUCUUAUCUCUGUCUCUCUUUGCCAAAGAUCUCAAAUCUUUCAUCUCUCAACUCUUCACGUGGGUUCCCGGUGGCUGUACAAUGUCUCCGCCAGAUUCCAUGAACUAAAAAUAGGCCCAGACUUUUCUGAGAAGCUGUUAAGUAGGAGUCUGUCGUGUCCUUUAACGUGAUAAAGAUGUUCCUGAUUGUUGAAAGAAACCAUUUCACCUCUGCUCCUGGUCCUCACAUCGAUCAGUUCUUCACAAACACUUGAUGUAGUUUGAUUCAUUUACAAGAACUGGGUUUAAUAAAGUUUUUAAUAUAA